AUGUCUGUGAAGCGCAAGGAGGAGCAGGAGGAGGUCUCAGAGCAACUCGGAUGAAGAAAGAAGGCGUCCAAGAGGUUCUCGAGAAGGAAAAGGGAGAGCAAGGAGAAGCAGGAGCUCGUCUCCUCGGGAACCAAGGUCGGAAAAGAGUAAAAGCGAUAGGUAUGAAGACAGAGGUGAGGGUAAAAACAACGAAAAGAAUGGUGGGAUCGACUAUUCUCGACUCAUUGAUGGAUACGCGGAAAUGACUGCAGCUGAGAGAGUUAAAGCCAAGAUGAAGCUUCAGCUUACAAAUGCUGCUAAGAAGGAUUCAGCAAUGGGUAUAGGUGCUGGAUGGGAACGUUUCGAGUUCAACAAAGAUGCUCCACUUGAUGAUGAAGAAAUAGAAGCGGCAGAUGAUGACAAGGUCUUGGUCAAGCAUAUUGGUCAGAGUUUUCGGUUUUCUGCUGUGGAGGCAAGAAGGGAAGAAGAAAUCAAGGCUGCUCAUGACAAGGCCAUGUUUGGAGCGCCAACAGCCCCACCACUUGUCAUUCCAGAUGAAGUACCAACCAAGGAAACUGAGAUAAAACAGAGCAAUGAAAACAGUGCUGUUAAAGACCUUGUAAAUGACAAGGUACUAGCUAAGCAACAAGGUUCUUGGCGAGAUCGAACCCGUAAACUUUGUAAUGAACCAACAAGCUGAUGGAAUGGACAUGUACAAAAAGGGAUGUGCCAACGGCAAGGAUAUCAUAGUUGAUAUAGAUGACCCUUCUACUAUCAACAUACUAAACACAUAUUACCAUUGUCAACAACAUUGUACAUUUGAAAGACAAGAAAGCAGCAACUCAGAUUCGAGUGUUUAGCAAUGAGAAUGAAUC